AUGGCCUGCGACUGCUCGUUUGGAACAGAAAAAGGAAUCCCAUGUAGGCAUGCUUAUGUCGCGACCAAAAAAAAUGGGCAAUAUCUCUAUAAUUUGACAGAUAGAAAGUACACAACGCGGGCAUGGAAAGACGUGUACUGUGCGGAAGAGGCAGACGGAACCCUUGUCGUCGAAUCUCUACGUAUUCCGAACAUGCAUGAUGUGAAACGCCAUAUAGACUUGAAAGAUACCAAACUCUGCAUGCCCCCCGCCUACAGGCCCCGUGCCGGGCGCCCAAGCGUCAAAAGAAAAGAGAGGACGAAGAAGGCCCAGGGAAACGGAAAGGAAAAAAAGGGGCAUUAUUGCCAUUGCUGCUUCAGAUUCGUCACUGACCACACUAAAAAGAAUUGUCCUGAGAGGGAUGCUUUGGAACUGGUGGAUAAUUUGGAGCCGAUGUUGGCAGAAAAAAGCGACAAGGCCCCAGCCGAAAAUGGCGAUGCGCCAUUACCCGAGGAUAUAGCAUGGCAAGCGAAUGAAUCGGUCCCUGAUGAAUUUAGAAAUUAUGCUCCUUCUUGA